AGAACAUUUGCAGUUAGGCAGGUAGGUACUGGAACGGUUACAGACAAAGGGAGAGCGGGAGAGAUAAAAAGAGAUGAAAGAGGAAGAAAUAGUGGCGGCGGCCGAUGGUGAAGGGUUCGAUGGUGGCGAUGGUGGAGAAGGUGGUGAUGGUGGGAGCAGAGUUGGAGUCGGAGAAGGAAAUGGGAGCAGCGGUAGCCGAGUCGGCAUCGGGUCGGAAGACCGAGUUAAAGGACCUUGGUCGCCCGAGGAAGACGCGAUUCUUAGUAGACUCGUUAGCAAGUUCGGUGCUAGAAAUUGGAGCCUCAUCGCUCGUGGAAUCUCUGGGCGGUCUGGCAAGUCGUGUCGGCUCCGGUGGUGUAAUCAGCUCGAUCCUUGUGUGAAGCGAAAGCCCUUUACCGAGGAAGAGGAUCGGAUCAUAGUUGCAGCCCAUGCAAUCCAUGGAAACAAAUGGGCAUCAAUUGCCAGACUGCUACAAGGGAGGACGGACAAUGCAAUAAAGAAUCACUGGAAUUCUACAUUACGACGCAGAUGCAUGGAACUUGAAAAGUUUAGAUCAGCAUCUGGUGAUAUGUUGGAUGAUGCCAGUGUGGACAAAACAAGAGCAUCUUCAGAAGAAACUCUAUCAUGUGGGGAUGUUGAUUCAUUCAAGUCACCAGAAGCAAAAGAUGUCAACUCGAUGGAGCACAUAUCAAACCAGUACGAGGACAAGGAUCAAACAAAGGAGAAUCACUGUAGUAAUGAAGCAAAAGAACCCCCUACCUUAUUCCGUCCUGUCGCACGUGUCAGUGCAUUUAGCCUAUAUAAUACUCCAGGUGGCCCAGCUGGUGCCUCUUCAUUGUCAACAGUCCCAUUGCAUGGGCCUUUAGUUCAAACCUUGAAGCCAGAUGCUGGGAUUUGCAAGUUGCUAGAAGGUUCAUAUAGUGAACCCCUUGUUCCGCCACGAUGUGGACAUGGUUGUUGUGGAGCACAAGGGGAGGAACACCCUCAAAGCUCCUUGCUGGGGCCUGAGUUCGUUGAAUUUGAGGAGCCUCAACCUUUUUCAAGCCAUGAGUUGGCCUCAAUAGCAACAGAUCUAAGUAAUAUCGCUUGGCUUAAGAGUGGCUUGGAUAAUAGUAGCACCAGAGUGUUGGAUAACGUAACCGGCCGGUCAGUUUCUCAAGGGGCUCAAGUCCGAAUGGCACACGUUGAAGGUAACAGGAACACUGACCAUUUGCGUUUUGAAGAGGGAAGGAACAAGCUUAUGGGCAUGAUGACAGACGUUUUAUCAUCCCAGAUUCCCAGGCAGUCUUUUGCUGUACCUUCUAACCUUGAGGGAUUGAGUUGAGUUCCGUUCCAUAUCACCGGAAUUCCGUGGAUUGGGCAAAGGUGAAGUUUGAGUCAGCAAGUUGUAAACACUCAUACCUACUGCUGAUCAGGUACUUGGCUGAUCACAAAAGACUGGGUUUCUUCUCAUUGCAAGAGGACCUUUUGGUUAUCCAGGUGAUGAUGUUAAAACCGGCUCAUCUAGACGCGCCAAUGAAAAUUGUAAACAUGGACAGUUAGUGGAGUGAGAUCCCAAGACAAACUAUUACCAGGUCUCAAGCUUUGUUGAGGUGGAACCAUGGAACCUAUGGUUUCUAUGGUUUUGUUUUUUUGUUGUUCACUCUACAUGAACGUUAAGAUAAGCAUGUUCUAUAUAUCUUGAUCCUAUAUUCCUGUUACUAUUAUUGCAAUUACUUCUAGUU